GGUUGUCUCUGAGUUGAAACUUGAAUCUUUUCAGUAAAGACACACCUCUUGCAGGGUGUUAUGCAAAAUUCUCUACUUCAAACCAAAGGACAGGAAAUAUGAACUGCAACAGCCAGAAUCCAUAGGCUGUCACAUAGGUCAGUUUAUCAACUCUUGACAAAAAAAUUAGGAGUCUUGUAGUGAUGGAACCAUUGGAAUAAUGCCCUGAAAUUUUCUGAAAGCUGGAUUUUUAGGAAACUUGCUGUCUCCAUACUAGCAGGUUUUUGCAGCAUUAACAUUGUUCCUGCUCUUUUUUCUUUUUUUAAACCCUCUGUUUCUCAUGCAUGAUUAUUUUCUGACUACAGUGGGAUGAAUCUGUGGCAAAAGAUUUUGAUUCCUUUGGUAGGAAUGGUCUUGGCCAUCUAUUUUUAUUCAGGAAAAGAAGAGUUUAAACCUGAAAUGUUGAAAGGGAAGCGGGUGAUUGUUACUGGAGCAAGCACUGGAAUUGGCGAGCAGAUAGCAUACCACCUAGCACGGAUGGGUUCUCAUCUCCUGAUUACUGCACGGACAGAAGCCCAGCUCCAGCAAGUGGUUGCUCAUUGCUUAGAGUUGGGUGCAGCAUCUGCCAGGUAUAUUAAUGGCAGUAUGGAAGAUAUGAAAUUUGCUCAGGCUGUGGUGAAGAAAGCAGAGGUAUUAUGGGGAAGUCUAGAUAUGCUGAUUCUGAAUCAUAUUGGCAGGUCUUACUUCAAUUAUUUCAAUAGGGACAUUGAGCAUGUGCAAAAGCUUUUUAACAUCAAUUUCCUAAGCUAUGCAACAAUGACAGUUUCAGCUCUUCCCAUGCUUAUAAACAGCGGAGGAAGCAUAGUAGUUGUUUCAUCUUUGGCAGGCAAAAUUGGCUUCCCAUUGACUGUUCCUUAUUCUGCAACAAAGUUUGCACUAGAGGGAUUUUUCAACUCUUUGAGGCAGGAAUUUGUUAUGCAGAACAUCAAUGUUUCCAUCACGCUCUGCAUCCUUGGAUUCAUCAACACAGAAAAUGCCAUGAAAGCAGUAUCUGGUACAUUCACUCUUCCACCUGCCCCAAAAGAAGAAUGUGCACUAGAAAUCAUUAAAGGGGGCAUUCUGCGCCAGCGGGAGAUUUACUAUAAAUAUAUAUAUACAAAGAUCCCUACACUUUUGCGAGAUUGGGCUCCAGAACUCUUGGAUUAUAUCCUUCGGUUAUGUUUUAAUGUGAACAAUCGAAAACAAGAUUAAUCAUCUGUCUAUUCGCUGCCUCUGCAUUUUUCUUUUCUGGCUAUGCAAGUUAGAGUUUUUCAAACUUGACCACUUUGAGAUGUGUGGGAAUUGAAGUCCACAGAAUUUAAAUUUAAAUUUAAAUUUAAAACAUUAAUAUAAUCCAUAAAAGAGAAUAUUCAUUGAACUGGGUUGAACUGUAGGGUGCUUGGUGCUCUGUGAACUUGAUUAUUUUGUGGCAGAUGUUUCAUUACCAAACUGAUCUUAAGAUUCACUAUGCUGUUAUACUGUAUAUAGACCCCAAAUCCAGUUCUGUGGCUUGGGAUUUAAAGCUAUCAAUGAUUGAAUUAUGGAUAUUUAUAUUCUGGAACAGGACAAAGAAAAUAAAUGUGGAUAUCUUAGAAAAACUCAGGUUAAUGAUAAAUAUUUUGUAUGCUCUUAAAGUGCAUCCAGUUGAUUGUUUCUCUUAAUCUGCAUUCAGAACAAAACAUGGCAUAAAGUGAAAAAAGUUAUAACACAGUGCUGAGUUUCAUAAUUUUGAAUCAAUUCCUUAUGCAGAUUUCUUAUAUAGAGAGGAGGUUCAGCAAAUAAGUGCAAGGUACCCUCUGGCUUGGACUGAUAGGAAGCACUUGAUAGUUAACACAUCUGGUAUUAAACAUUUGGCAAAAAAAGUACAUUUUUAAAUUUUUCAGUUUUAAAAUUGUUUCAAAAAAUCAGUUGAAAAUGUUUAUAGUA